GAAAUAAAUUAAUAAUCAAUUUAAGGUAGAGCCACUUCCUGUAGUAGCUACAAUAAACAAAGCCACACUACUUCAGCCAUUAUAAAUUACACUUCCUGUAUGACAGAGUAAACCUUAUAUAAAGGAAUGCUCUUCAAAGCCAGAAUUCAAUUGUAUCUGCUGGUACAACAAUGAACAGCCUCACUCUACUUGUUCUUUUAUUUGCUGCCAUUCAAGUGCAGUGUAGCCCUGCAGUUCCAUUGAAUGGCAAGGAUGGUCAUGCACCUGAAGGUGAUAAAAAUGCACAAAAAGAAGUUGGAGUCAACAAGGAAGAGAGGCAGUUGCUCUUUGGUGAUAAUAAAUCAGUAAUGAAAAAAGACAAAGAUGUUAUUGAUUAUAUGGAAGAAAAAGAAAGAGUUAAAAAAUACAACAAAAAUGAUACACCUGCAAAAGAGUUGAAUGAUGUAACAAAAGAUGAAGAAUCAGAUGUGCCAAUUGAUGACAGUGGAGAGUAUGGCAGUGGUGAAGACAUCAUAGAGGGGGACAUCAAAGUGACUCCAGAGGAAGCUGCAAUAUUCAAGCGUGGUGGAUGGAAGGAGUUGGUCAAUUCAGAAUCAUGGGUUCGUGGCCAUGGCAAAUGGUCAAGGACUAUUCCAUACACAGUUUCUGAUUCUAAUUAUCCACUUUAUACUGAGGAAUAUAAAGCUUUGGAAUAUUCAAUUGAAUUGUUUCAUAAAUUUACUUGUCUGAAAUUUGUUCCAAAGAAAAGUUAUCACAAAGACUAUAUUGACUUUGCCAGUAAAACUGGUUGUUGGUCAUAUAUUGGUAAACUACCAGAAGGAUAUGCUAGACCUCAGGAAAUCUCAUUAGGAAGAGGUUGCAGGGGAGCUAUCCCUGCUCAUGAGAUAAUGCAUGCACUUGGACGAGGUCAUGAACAAUCACGAUUCAAUAGAGAUAAAUAUGUCCACAUAAUCAAUGAUAAUAUACAUCCAAACUUCACUCAUAAUUUUGACGAAGACUAUACAGACAAUAUGAACAUACCAUAUGAUUAUCUUUCAGUGAUGCAUUAUGGCAGUACAGCUUUCAGUAUUAAUGGCCAACCUACAAUUAAAGCAGUACCUGGUCCAGAUAUUGUUAUGGGCCAGAGAAACACAAUAUCUCUAUAUGAUAUACUGAAUAUCAAUAUUCGAUACUGCCCAGAAAGAGCAGUUCGAUUAGUUGGAGGUAGAGGGUCAUUUGAAGGAAGAGUUGAAAUGUUCUGGGAUGGGAGAUGGGGACAUGUUGAUGGUCGCCCAAGCGAAUUUAAAAUAACUAAUGGUCGUGUCAUAUGCAAGUAUCUAGGCUUCCCUGAUGUUUCUGAAAUAGUUCAAAUUCCAAAUCAAAAGCAUAGUGUUGGUCCAUUUUUUAGAGAACCAUUUGUUUGUAAUGGUGAUGAGGACACUCCCUUUUCAUGUCAAUAUUGGGGAGAGAAGAUCUUUCUUUUACCAGCUGUAGUAGAUGAAGCUGCUGUCAUAUGUGAAAAAAAUGCACGACUUCAAGGUGGUAGAGUUACUCCUUUAUUUGCCUAUGGUCUUUUGGAAGUGUAUGUUGAAGGUCGCUGGGGAGCUGUCUGUGAUGAUGAUUUUAAUAUAAGAGCUGCCAAUGUCGCCUGUCGUCAAAUGGGAUAUACAAGAGCUUUGGAAUAUAAAACUACAACAGAGUAUGGUAAGAACAAACGCCCAAUUUUGAUGGAUGAUGUGUUGUGCGAGGGUUAUGAGGCACAGAUUACACAUUGCCCCAGUACUCCUAUUGGUGAACACGACUGUCGUCGCUCCGAUGCCAUUAGUCUCUUCUGUGUCAUCUGAUGGGCGAAGUCAUUUGUCAGAACAAUCAUGGUCAGUAUCCAUGGAAUAAUAAACAGAUACUUUUAAAAAAAAGAAAGAGUAGUGAUAAAUUUUAGCUGUUAGUUAUUUUUAGUGACCAGUUUAUUAUUUUUUUAAAUAAAAUCAUUACUUUUUCAUCAUCAUACUAACAUAAUUAUUUGUGACAAGAGAAGCAGUUUUAAAUGUGUUCAUUCUAAAUAUCA